AUGGCAGUCACUGUGAAAGUACCCUCCAAAUCUUUGGUCAUGGAAUAUGUGGCUCAUCCUGGUGCUUUCACCUUGGCUGCUGGAGUUGCUUGUGGUAUGUGCCUGCGCUGGGCCUUCCGAGUACGUAUUGGGAUGCUUUCCAAAGAAAAAACAACACAAAAACCUAUGAGCGAGACAGGCACUGAAGCAAACAUCUUAGGAGAAAAUGGGGAGUACAAAAUGAUUCUUGUUCGGACUGAUUUAAAGAUGAGAAAAGGAAAAGUGGCUGCCCAGUGCUCUCAUGCUGCCAUUUCUGCCUACAAGCAAAUUCAAAGGAAAAACCCAGAAGUGCUCAAACAUUGGGAAUAUUGUGGCCAGCCCAAAGUGGUGGUCAAAGCUCCUGAUGAAGAAACCCUGGUUGGGUUAUUGACCCAUGCGAAAAUGCUGGGACUGACUGUAAAUUUAAUCCAAGAUGCUGGACGUACUCAGAUUGCACCAGGCUCUUCAACGGUCUUAGGAAUUGGGCCAGGACCAGCAGACUUAAUUGACAAAGUCACUGGUAACCUAAAACUUUAUUAG